AACAACACGUGCGCGAGUGCGAGCGAAAUAAAACCGCGACGAGAGCGCGAGAGAGACGGCGAGAGAUUAACGUUAAAAUGGUGUACACGACGGUUCGGUGAAGGAAGAACGAGGAUAAACUGCUUCCUGAUACCGUCGUCGUCGAUGCAGCGGCGCUGAUGCUGAUAACUGUCGUUCAACGCGAAUGCAUACAGUUCGGAUGUUGUGGAGUUUAUUGAUGCUGACUUCGGCUCGGGAGAGGUGUUGAUUGUGCGGUCGCCGCUUUGACGAGAAAUUUUAGAUGUUUGGCGACGGGACGGGAGAGUGUUGUUGCGCGUCGGAGACGGGAAGGUACACUCGACAGGAUUACGCGGCAAGAUAUACAGAGAAGCACAUGUAAUGGACGAGCAAAGAGGCAGUAUCAGCCGUAUCGGCGAUAUAAAUAGUGCGGAGGCGACCAAGACAUUAAUUAUACCAAGGAAGAAAAGGAUAUGCUUAGUAGGAGAUGCUAAUCAAGAUCCUACACUGAGUGCUGCUGCUCAACACUUUAAAGUACCAGUAAUUACUUCUGAGACCGGCACAGAAUAUGUCGAGGAUACUUCUUACAACACUUACUUCGUGCUCAAACAAUUCGAAGGACCUGAAUACGACGCGUUAUGCAAAAGCGCUCAUAGAAUCCUGGGACCUACGGCUUUACUGCAACUGGCAGAAAAGAAAGAAUCUCUGCCCAGUCUGAAAAGACCAAUGUACACACAAGCCAUGGUAGGUUCAGUAGUGGUGUUCAGCGGUUUCCGAACUAAAGAGGAUGAAUUGCGCAAGUUAGCAGCUAUGGUUCUCAAUAUGGGUGGUAGCAUCCGGAAGGAAAUGGGAACUAAAAUAACACAUCUUAUUGCAAAUCAUUGUGGCGGAGAAAAGUACAGAUAUGCUGACACAUUUAGUUUACCCAUCAUGUCAGCAGACUGGGUGGUAGCUUUGUGGAAUGCCAGAGAUGAUGUUUACAGUUACGCGUUUGAUGAGGAAUUGAUAGCAACAUAUAAGCUGAAACCGUUUUAUGAAACAAAAAUAUGUUUUUUUGGUUUUCCCGAAGAAGAAAAAAGACAUAUGUACGAGGUUCUGGAACAACAGGGUGGUGAGCCUGCUGAGAUUGACGAUCCAAAUUGUACACACGUAGUGAUAGACGUACCUGAUCCUUACUACAGGAAAUGCAACAACGCGAGAUUAUCAUAUCUUAAGAAUUCACACAAACAAUAUCCUCUUUCCUCAAUGAACUUUAAACCAAUUCUCUCUUAUCUUCAUAAUCCUUGUUUGGACGCAGUUUGUAACACAACAAACAUCGAUAAUCGCAAUAAUAAUGACGUUGCAAACAUCGAUAGCAUGCAUUUUGCAAAAUCUCAGGAUAACUUCUCUUUGUCGAAAGAUAUUUUAUCAACUUCGGUUGAUCUAGAACACAAUACUUGCAGCGAUCUGAUUUCUUAUAACGUCAGCAAAGAUUCUGCUGUUGGUAUGGAGGACAAUUAUUGCGAUUUACAAACUUCAGUUAUUAAAUCUGGCCACAUAUUUAAUCACUUUGCAGAGCAAAGUGAUUCCGGUUUAGACCUAACCAAAUCGUCUAAUUUAUCUACGUUUUCCGCGCACGGUGUGAAAUGUUCGAUCCCGACAACAUCAACAAUGAUCAGCAACAAAAACGUUAAAUUCCAUAUCUCCGACAAUUCUUUAUUUGAUAACGAAUAUUCUCAAUAUGAUAUCGCGUCACAGUUUUCGACAAUAGCGAAAGAUUUAAAACCGUCUGUAUCUUCUGAAAAGAAUAAUCUCCACGACGUUUGUACGUCAUCAAUAAGUAAUAAGUCCGUGUCUCUGAAAUAUCGCAAAAAUGUUCACUACAUACAGAAUAACACAUCAAAAAUAAAAGUAAUUCCAAAGCGAUAUAUAAAGUGGAAAAAAGCUAAUUCUUGCACAUCUGUUCAUAAAAUGGCAAAACUUGACAAAUGUAAAUUUUUGAAAGUGCGCUCGUUUCCAAAUAUAUGGAAACAUCGUGAUGAGCAAUAUAGCGAUGUAAUUUUGCACAAUGCAUCACGCGGAGAAAGGCGUAAACACUCGUUUGAGUCGCACAUAUCUAAUUUCUCGGAAGAUCCUUCCCGUCUGAUACUGUCCGAUGAUGAGCAAGACAUUUUCACCAAUUCAUACUGCUCGCCUUCCGAAAACACUCUUUUUAAGACAAAGUGCACAUUCCUGUCCAAGUCUUUCCCCGCACUAUCUACACAAACUGCAAUCGCUAAACACGAAUUAAAGAGCACUUUCAUAUCUAAUGGAAAAACUUGCAAUCCGCCAUUUAUAUCACACAACACGAAGACUCUUUACGAGGACUUGAUGGUUCAAGAAGAUAAAUCAUUAUCCACGGUUGUUGACGAGUCUAAUGUAAGUGUAAUACCGCAUUUGGUAUCAAAAUCGGCUCUCAUUGUUAAAACUGGUUGGUUUUGGACGUCGGUUCAGAAUGCGGCCAGAUGUGAUGAGAAUGAAUAUUUGUUCGAACAUUAUUUAGAAACAGUUCUGUCUCCUACUGCAUCUGGUAGGCGAGACAGUCAACAGAGUAUGACGUUGCCGAACCAUCCCUAUUUGAGCAAGCCAUUAUCUAAUUUAUUACAGUACGGAGCAAAUUCACCAGCAAACGUCAGUGGAAGCUUCUUAGAUAAUACAGCAAGUCCAGAGAAACAACUUCAGGACGACAUAGAAACUAUUGCUACAGAUAGUAUUAAAGAACAUUUAUCGAAACGUCACAAAGUGUUUCUUGAACUAGUAGAAACUGAAUCUAAUUAUGUGGGCAUUCUCAAUACAAUUAUGACGCUUUUUAAAUUGCCGUUGGAAAAUCUCAUAGGAAAAAGUGGAAAAGAAUUAUUAAAUAGCACAGAAGUAAAAAUUAUAUUUGGUAAUUUUCCACCCAUUUAUGACGUUCAUAAGCAAUUGUUGGAGGCACUGCAUUAUAGUGCCGCUAAUUGGACAGAGGACAUCAGCAUCGGCAAAAUAUUUCUGAAAUUUGAACCGGACUUGGUUAAAGCAUAUCCUCCAUAUGUCAACUUCUUUGAAAAUACGAAGCAAAUGCUAGAAGAAUGUGAUCAAAAUAAACCACGGUUCCAUGCGUUUUUGAAAAAUUGUCAGACGAUACCUGACUGCGGCAGACAAAGCUUGAAAGAACUAUUAAUUAAACCAAUACAACGAUUACCUAGUAUCAGUUUAUUGCUAAACGAUAUCCUUAAGCAUACCGACAAAAGUAAUCCGGACUAUAACGCUCUGGAAGCUUCUCUUAGCUGUAUUAAAAAAGUUAUGACGUAUAUAAAUGAAAAUAAGAGAAAAACCGAACGCCAACUAGCAAUAUUCGAUAUUUUUAAUGAAAUUGACAAUUGCCCGCCGCAUUUAGUUUCUUCGCGUAGAUCGUUUAUUAGUAAAUGUGAUGUCAUGGAAGUUACUGAAGGUCUUAGUGGACGAGGUGAUCAUUUAGUAUUGUUUCUAUUUACGGAUACUCUCGAAAUAUGCAAGAAAAGAUCGAAGACGUUUAAUUCGAAAAGUCCUAGUGCAAACUUACAGUCAAUUAAACUAAAUCAAGGAAAACCAUAUAAGCAUGUUAAAAUGCUGUCGUUAACGAGUAUAAGAAAAGUUGUGGACAUACGUGAAACUGAUGAAUGCCAAAAAGUAUUUGCACUUGUGGUGCGUAACACUCAAGAAUUAAAAGAAAAAUUAUUAUCAUUUGUGAUAAUCGAUGAAGAAGUUAACAAAGCGCAGUAUUUAGAAACUCUUUGUAAACAGAUGGCUUUUGUGAUCCGCAUAGCUGACGCUGACACGCUACUGAUUAGAUAUGAUUCGCGUCAGCUUGAAGUUAGUACAAGCGAUGUAGCGUCGGGAACAUUAAAGAAAACAAUUAAGAGCCUAUUUCAUAAUUUUUAUCUGGAGUAUAUGGACCCGUAUGUGUUCCUACUCAAUAGCAUGUGUGAAACCACGUUACAUGUCCCACUACCGUUUGCAUCUCGUACGAGGGCAAGAGUCGGCCGUGCUUUCAGUUUCAACAAAACACCAAGCAAACUAAACAGAGCGAUGUCCACUAUUAUGUCGCCUUUUGGAUCAACACAUGGUCUUGCUCCAACGAAUCCACAAAUAGCUCAGAUGCGGUUAGGUAGCUGCAACAAUAUCAGCGAGUUGGAUAAUGGUGGUUCUAGUUUUCCAACUAGGGACGAUGUUCUCGUAGCACCAAUGUCGGAUCAACCGACACGAAAGGCUCUCAGUAUGGCUUCACUGCGAAGGUAAUUACUACUCAAGAGGCAAGAUAAGGUCACCGAAACGGUCUUGUCUUUACAAAAAAGAAAAACAAAACCGCGUCCUCCAGAUGGCUGGAUUGCCGCCACAAAUAAAUGUGUGUAUCGUCUACGUAAAUACUAAUAAGACACACAUGUAAUAAUAAUCAACGAAAAGAACCCGAAGAUGUAUAACCAUUCGCAUUCUUCGCAAUUCUCUAUUAAACAUACUUAUACUUAGUUUUAUCUUUACAACAAGAGUUCAGUAUGAUUUUUUUUCGAAUAUUGCUAGAUCUUCGGGAAUGCAACAUAAAAGUGACAUUAAUGUUCGUGCCAAUAAUAUCUAGUUAUUACUAUUAUUUCGCCAUUAUUAUUAACAUUGUUAUUUAUGUUCUCUUGUAUAAUUGUAUUGUGUAUAGAGAUAUAUAUAUAUAUUACACACAUAUAUAUAUAUCCUUUCUUUUAGUUUCUCUCUCGCACUUGCCUAUAAGAUACACCUAUCUCUUAUUUGUUUACACAUCUUAUUUAUGAUAUAAACAAAAUUAGCUGCAAUAUACAAUAACAGACUUACAUUUUAUAAUAAUUUUCUUUUAGCCGAGUUUAUUCAAUUAUUCUGGGAAGAAAUCUACCAUAAAAAAUUGCAUAUAAAAAAAAAUUAGUUGUUUAUCAUUAUUAACGAAAACAAGCAUGUGCGAAAAUGUGUGUUCAUUGUCAGUAUUUCAUAAUUAUGUAUGACAUUAUUUAGUGUGUUUCAUUAAUAUAUUCCAUUGCAUUUAAUCUCAAUGUCAAAAAAAAAACUACUUGGUUGUUUAAAUUAAUGAGGCAAGUAUGCUAACAUCUACUUACAGAAUGUGAAAUUCGCGUGUAAGAGAGUCACGAUCAGUCUCAUGCGCAAGAAUUUUGGCGCGAAAUAUUUCCGUGUCUCGAUAAAAAAUUUUUAAUUAUCUAACCAUUUCUGUUUUUUGUUUUGAGAAAUUCGUAUAAUAUUUAAUAUUUUAUACUAUUUGUUUCAUUCGUGUUUUUUUUUUCAUUAGAAUUUGCUCUGCGGGAGUUAUACAAAGAAGAACAGAGACAGUUGUAGAAUAAAAGUGACAGUUUUCCAGUUUUUAUCUCACUUUAUUUUUAUUACUGAUGUGAAAGUAUUACGAUAAAUAUUGCUGCCGUUUUUAUAAAGUUUACGAACAAAGUGAGGUGAACAUUGCAAAACUUCUGUUUAUACCUAAUGCAACAGCAUCUUGCCAUUUGACUUGAAAUUUAUCUUUAAACUAUUAGUAUGAAAGAAACAAAUGAAUGAAUAUACUGUAAUUUCAGAAUAAUUGAUUACUUGGCAAAAUGUUUUACCAACAUGAAAGUAUUUCUUCUGCGAUCUUUUAUUUUUUUUCUACGAGCCUUUUCCACACAUGUAACAAACAAAAAUGAUUGUAAUAUAUAGUAUAAACACAAUAUUGGUUAGUGAAAAAACCUUGUAUACAACCUAUUUGCAACAUAUUGCAAAGAAAAUGAAAAGAAACUUUGAUUACUGCUUACACGAGCUUAUGACUAAUAUAAUUUUAUAUUACAGAAAGAUUUUCUCUUGUCAGAGUUUUUAUACACAAACAUGAUUAGUGCCUUCUUAAUAUGAUAAGAAGUAGCACGAGUGCCUUGAGUAAAACAAAUUACGAACAGAAGUUUGUUGUAUUGUAUGGCGAUGAAGUGUGUAUAUGCGUGAGUUUUUGAAGUGGUAAAUACGAUGCGUUUCUCUUCUCAAUUUAUCGAGAUUCUUAAAUCUAUUCUUCAUACUUUUUUGUAACACGUAACUUUCGCCAAAAUAAAUUUGUUAUCUUUACUCAAUUGGCACUGAGUAAAUUGGAAAAAUAAAUUUCACAUUAAAAGUACACACAAAUAUCACAAUUGUUCAAUAACGAGAUACGGUAAUCUAUAUGUCUUAUUCCACUAUUAUAUUUGAACAGCACGAUCAUUCCUAUGAAAACCCAAAUCUGUUUUUUUUGUUUCGAACUCCAUACGACACAAAAUUACGAAACGCAUCGACCACGCUCUGCGCACGAUUGUGAUUAACGUUUCAACUUUUUUUUUUUAUUAUUUUGAGAAGUAUUAGUCAAAGAGAGA